ACAAUUUUAAAUUUAAUGGUUUGGCAGCACUAUAGCACGUGUUGAACUCAAAACAAAACAAAUGAAAAGCCGCGGCUAUUAAAAGCUUUUUUUUGGUUGUGAAUAAAUGUUAAAUAAUUGAAAUUAAAAUAUUUAUAACAAAAUGACGUCUCAGAAGUUGGAAUAUGAUUCAACUUUAGGCGGUCCAGUUGUGCUGGCAAGUCACAUACCAACGUAUCGCUAUGCCGCAGCAGCCUUAAAGGAAAUGAAUACAUUAAUGACUGCUGUUCAGCAACCAACAAGCACGAAAUUAGUAUUUCAAACACUUCCCAAACAUAUGCGCCGACGUGCUAUGUCACAUCAUCCGAAACGACUUCCACGAAAAUACCGUUCAAUGCAUAUUGCGCAAAUGUCUAAAUCUGGUAAACCAAAACUUACAAAACGUCCUUCACGUAAAUUCCGCCGCCGGCCAGCAAAUUUAUUAUGUGAUUACAUACGUCGGCAACGUAAACACGUUUGGUUGGAAACUCAUAUUUGGCAUGCCAGACGCUUUCAUAUGAUAAACUGUUGGGGAUAUCGUUUGCCGUACUCGAGUUGUGCAAAAAACUACAGAGCAUGUUACCGAGCGUCCGCCCAACAUUGUUUGCUGCAGGAUAAGUCAUUUUAUGCGUGCAUUCAAUUGACGGGUAGUUUGCAGGGUAUAGGAAAAGGAUUUCAAAAAAUAUCUAGUAGCAAAACUGGCCUUAGCAUAACUGCUAAAACGUACAUUACUGGUAAACGGGAAGGGCACAUACAACUAUUUAGAAACGGCAAAUAUCCUAAUGGUGCUAUUGCGAGCGUUACGUUUUUAUGGCAACCGUUACAAAGUGAAGAGCAAAUGAGCAAUGAAAAUAUUAAACGAAGACUUUGGAUUUGGGUACACCCAAGCGCAUAUCAGACUGUCUUAAUGGAGUUAUUAGAACUUUUCGAUAUGAUAUCGAUAAGAAAUACAACAGUUGUAAUAAAAUCAGAAGACGACAAAUUUGAAGAAGAUUUAAUUAAAACAGAAUCAGAUGCCAAAGAUAGUACGAAACCAAAAUUAAAUGUGAAAGCUGAAAGGCAAUUACAGUUUAUGACAAGAACAAAUGCAUACGAACGCAAUAAAUGUUAUAAAAACACUAACGGCACAAUAGAACUUACAGAACUAAAGAAUACAAUGAACCGGUUCUCUCUUACUGGUCCAUUGUCUCAAAGUGUGCUUUCGCAUGCAUUUAAACCUAAGGAGUAUAAUUUAGAAAAUGAACCUGAUAACUGGUUUCGAAAUUUUCUUGAAAAAAACAGUGACUUUCAGGAAUUUCAUACGUUUCAAUGCAAAUUUUGGCAAAAUUGUGAGCAUUUAAAUACACCUGCGACCUUUAUUUCUAACAUGGUUAUUGCUCUUAAUAUAGAGGAUCCGCGUAUACAUCGACCACAAAAACGUACUAAAGCGGAUAAUGUAGUAUCUCUGCAUCAUAACGAAAAUAAGCUGGAAAUUUUCGAGGCUUUCCAAAAGCCUAAAAGUAUUUUGGCACAAACUGCACUUUGGGAUCUUGAUAUACGUAAUCGAAUAGGAAAAGAAAUGUUAACAACAAAUGCAUAUUGUAAGCUACGAGAGAAACAUGUAUUGGUACCGGGAGCAAGUUGUGCAUUUGAAAAAGAAUUGCAGCCGAUUCCGGUGCUGCUAAUUCAACGUCCUGGGUCACUAAAUUCACAUUACAAACGCCAAAACUACGGAUGUGGUUGGGAUGUUAUUGCACCUGCGGGUUACGGUAUGGCCAUAUGGACGGCUCUUAUUAUGUGGGGUGCUAAACCAGGAGGACUACGAGAAACUGCGAGUUUAAACAGGGAAAUGGGUACCGAUGAACACUUGCCUGACACAAUUGGUGGUUUUUAUACUGCGGCAGAAACAUAUGAAAGACUUCGUGGUAAAUAUUUUCGAUUGCCACCGAACAGACGCUGCAAUUACACAAAAUUGGCAAUAGUAAGUCCUUUUCGUGUGCCUUAUACAGAACUUGUGCGUGAUUGGCAAGUGACGCCGGACAUCGACGUUAAAUUAUUUCACAUAUUACGUGAUCGAUUCCAACUGAAAGAACUCCAAUUAAGUUUAACCAAUAAAGCGAUUGGUUUUCCCAAAGAAAUAAAUGAAUUUUCAUUAAUACAAGUUUUACUGCGUAUGAAAUCACGUGGUAAUCCAGGAAAUUUUGCACUAAUUUGUUUGCCUACAAAAACCGAUUUGUGGAACAACUUAGAAAAAAUUCAAGAAAACGAUCACAAUCCUAUUUAUACGGAACCAUUACUACCAGAUUUAAACGAAAAAGUGCGAAAAGAAUCACGAGUUGAACACAAAAGUUGGUUGAAGCGUUUGCGUGCAAGACGUGUACGCGAUAAACGUAAGGAACAGGAAACAAGUAAUAAACGAGUUUAUAUACGUCCUGCAAAUACGUCAUAUAUAGUGAAUGAACAAUUUAAGAAUAUGUGUCGACUUUGGUUGGCGGAAAACAUACAUUCUUCGUACAGUGUGCGAAGGCAAUGCACUCGUGAAGUUUUUGGUUACAUUACAAAUUCCAGUUUUAGCUACACUGAAGCCACAGUUUGCGCCAUUGGCUAUAUUGUACCAAACGGUCUAAGACUGCUAUUAGAACUAUGUAAAAAAAAUGGUUUAAAGAAUCCAAUGUGUUUGGUGCGUGGCACAGACACGCGUCAUUAUAGAUUUGCUACUAUGAAAAUUAAUACCGAAUUUAGAUGAACUUUAAGUAUAAAUUUAUUUUCU